AACUUGUCUAGAGCUAGACAAUAAUACCGUCGAUCGCCCGCGCGCGGUGGUAAUAUAACACAGCCUGAUCUGAGCUGACUCGAGUGAAAUUAUAUGUUGCUCUCAAAGACGUUUAAAUAUAAUUGCUCUCGAUUAUGCCAAAGUGUGUAAGGGUCACCGGUCACAUUUGCUUUAUCGUAAAAAGAAUUUCUAAUUUACCCUCACGAGUACGAGUCACAACAAAAUCCGAUAUCCGGUCGCUGAGGAGCCUAGCCGGAGCUGAGUGCGGCGCCGAUGACGAAGCUGAGCUGAGGGCCUAGGAUCGAUGUGAGGUCACUACACUUGAUCCCCUACCGGUGUGUAGCCCGACAGGUCUAGUAGUACCGUGCGUACCGCCUUUCGACGCGACUUGUUGUGUACUCGGCGGCGCAUUUGUGAAUGUGAUUACUUGUUUUGUUGAGCCCUUCUUCUUCUUCUUAUCUUCCAUUUGAGCAUCGGCCUCUUAAAUAGAGCAUUUUCGUUCUUUGAGUGGUGACUUUGUGCCGUAUGCAGGGUGUUGCUGCAUCUACUCAGUUUGUUUGAGAUGCAGAGGAGUCUAAACCAUGGCAGAUGUUGCAGAAUUUCUUCGACAAAAGGGGUUUAACGACGUCGAUAUUAUUAAAGGUUUCAUGGAUAAUGACAUUGAUAUGUCGAUCCUGCCCACCAUCACAGAAUCUGAUCUUCGGGAAUUGGGCAUCGGGAAGACGUUCGGAGAAAGGCGUCGGUUGAUAUUGGCGAUACAGACCCCAAAAUCUACACCUCUGAGUGCCAGCAGUAGUACUUGUAGCCGUGUGCAGAUGGGCCAAGCUCCCUUGCCUUCCCGUCCAAAUAUACCUGCGAGCUACAGGGCACCCCUUACAAUGCCAGAGGACUACAACAUAAGGAGCAUUCUUCAUAGCCAUUACAAGGGAAGGGCAGUUCUUAGAGAGCUGGAUACCGGAAGGAUGCCAUCUGUUAUGAACAGGAGGGCCCUGGUGCAAGUGACGGUUGAAUAUCUCAUUUCGAACGGAGGCCAUUUGUUGUACCCAACCAAUGAGCAAAAGCACGCCUUGGCAUUGGCAAUUGUUUACCAGUUUCCACGUAUGAGGAACAACCUACGGGGGGAACAGGGCUAUGAGUACCUUUACUAUAAAGGUCAUGGCUUUUUAGAGUACCGUCUGAAGACCCUACGAACAACAGCUGCACGUCGGAAGGCCAGUGCUGAACUAUGGGAUCCUGUUCAUCCAGAAGGAAUGAUGGGAAUGGACUUGAUGGAUUCUGAUAAUCAAAGUCUUGGUGAUGAUAUUCAUGGACAGAUUGAUGAUGCUACCACUUCAAGUUCUCCUAAAGACAAUGGUGAACCGCAUGAAAGGGUAGAAACAAUCGCCCUGAAAUCCUCAGAUCAAUGGGCAGAGGAUAGCGCCUUUGCACAGAUGGACCAAACUCCAGAUCCUCAUCCAACUGGAAACGAUGAUGAUUGUAUGCUAGUUGAACCAGAGGAUAUGUUGAAGUCACACUCGAUGAAAUUGGAAAAUCAAAGUGUGCGUGAGAACAUUCGUGUUAAGCUGUACAAUGUUUCCCAAUCAACAGGUCAAUGUGUAAACCAUGUUGAAUGUCCAAAAAUGCUGGAUAUACACCCUGGGAAAUCUCAAAAUAAAAGUGCGAAUGCAAACAUCCAUGUUCAGUUGGGCCAAAUUUCACUUCAAAGUCUAAACCGAAAUUAUGUUGAAUCACAAGACACGUUGGAGACACCCUCCCUGGAGUCCCCAUAUCAAAGUGCAAGGGACAGUAUUCAUAGAAAGAUGGGCAGUGGUUAUCAUCCAAGUUCAACCGGAAAACACAUUGAACCUCCGCUUAUGAUGGAUAAACACGCCAGGACAUCUCAGAAUCGAAGUCCAAAUGUGAACAGCCAUGUCGAGAUGGGCCAUCCUUCCCAUCUGGUUUCAACCGCAAACAACGUUGACUCAGAAAUGUUGGAGCGGCAUUUCUCGAAAUUUCGACAUCAACAUGGAAGUGAUGACAUCCACGUGCUGCCUGACCAGACUUCUCAUCUGAGGCAAGCUCCCAGUGCAAGCAUUGAUGAGGAAGCAAGUUGUUACAAUGUAGCCCCAUAUUCAAGGCCAGAGCACUACAACAUAAGGGGAAUUCUUAAAAGCCAUCCUAAGGGAAGGCUAGUUCUUACGGACCUGGAUUUGGGCAAUAUGCCAUCAGCCAAGAACAGGAGACUCCUGGUACAGGUGAUGGUUGCGUAUCUGGUUGAGAAUGGGGGUGAGAAGUUGUAUCCCUCUGUGGAGCAGAAAGAAGCCUUGGCAGUAGCAAUUGUUUCCCAGUUUCCGUGUACAAAGGACAAGCUUCCAGGUGCAGAGGGUCAUGAGUACCUUUACCAUAAAGGUGGUGGCUUUUUAGAGUUCCGCCUCAAGACCCUACGAACUACAGCUUCGCGUCAUAGGUUAAAAAAGAAAUCUGUUCAACCGCACGAAAUGGUGAAGAUACAGCCCCUUGGAUCUCCAGGUGAAAACAUCAGCAUAACUAAAGUAGUAGAAGAGCAAGAAGAGCAAGAUGAUGCGAGUUAUGACUGGGAACCAGGUGAAUCGGAAAAUACGAUGGCCAUCAAAGCCUUCUUCAAGGAUACACACUCACAUCGAACCAAGUGGAUCCAAGAUGGGGACAUGAGUAUCUCGGACAUCAUAGCAGUGUAUCCCUGCUACAAGGAUGUGCCAAUCCUGAUUGACUACGACUUCUCAUUGAAGUAUGGGGCAGAGGCUGCAAACUCCCUGAUAUCAUGGCUGCCGGCAUUUACAGAAUCUGUUCUGGCCUUGGCAAAGACCAAGGAACGUGCAUCUAGUAUCCUUGAAUCCUUCGGUGACAAUGGAGAUAUCUACCUCUGCGCCCUGUAUGUCCUACUGGAACUCCUGCCAAGUCCCACAGGGAAGGUCUCAAAAAAGCAACAGAAAAUUGCCGGAAAAACUGGAACCCGUAAACAAGACACAACCAACCGUGUUUUUCAACAUCAUCCACUUGGGUUUGAUGUUGCUCGGUAUGUUGCCGGGAAGCCAGCGAGACUGAAACAGCCAUUCCUGCUGUGCCUAGGGCCCAAAACAGCACCGGAGGAGUACUAUAUCAUCGCAGAUGAUAUGGCUAUACCGGCGGGAAGCUCUACCCUUGAGGCUUUUGGCAGGCUCUUCAAGGCCUACUGUGUCUUCAAGGCGCAUUUUGACAGUCGUGUCUUGAUCUUCUACAAUUUCUUUUCCUCUGUGGUGUACAAGGUGACAAACAAUAUAUCUCCUCAAGUCAGAGCCUUUUAUUUGCUCCUGUCCAACCAAGAAAAUUAAUAAUCCCUGAGGGACCUGAGGAGAAAAAUGAUCCAUGACUUGAUGGACAUCAACUACAAGGAUUACAUCUCACCGAAGGUAGAACGAACAAGACGGGGCCAUGACCAACAAUUCUAUAUCAACAAAGUCAGGACGGAUGCACAUGCAUACUUAUUCUUCCCAAGGACAGUUAAGGACUGGAACAGUCUCUCUCCCUUAAUUGUAGCCCAACCUUCCUUAAAUACUUUUAAAUAUUUGUUUAUUUCCAACUUAAAGCCAGCACCUUAAGUUGGUGGCCGCACAUGACGACAAACCUCCAGUUUAAACCCCUUUACAGUGCUUUUUGAGGAAUCCUACAAAGUACCAAGUAUUUUUUGUAGAUUUUCCCUGACUCACACACAUUUUUUGAAACCACCAAAUGUUUCCAGGACCCAUAAUAAGGUGAAAACUUCUGUUUAUUACUUUGUCUGUAUCUACUGUCUCAAAUGGUGCCAGCAGUCAUUAUCCUAGUCAUAUGAAUAUGAGUAGGAGGAGAAGAAAAAUGUAAUAUCACUAUUUUGAGAAAAACAAGAAAAACAUCAAGAAAGUUACAAUUCCUAGAAUUUAAGAUCUAUACAAAUAUUGGAGAGACUCCAGUAGAGAGAUUUUCAUGAUGACUUUGCCACUUAUAGUAUUUAUUGUUGAGAUUAUUUUCUUUUUCAACUUAAAGAGAGAAGAGACUAUUUCUUAAUGAUACAUAAUACGUAACUUAUUUUUACAUGUCUUCUCAAUAAAAUGUGUUUGUUCCACAGCUAUUUAAGGUAGACAUUUGUGUUGUGCGUAUAUAAAUCUAUUAUAUUCAAUCAAUUACGGAAGUGUUGUUGGGGGCAAUACAAAGAAAUACUAUUCUCCAGAACUGAUCUGUACAAAUAGUUUUAAAAAUAAAUUGUAUGUUCUCCUAAACAAUAUUUAUGAAUUACUGAAACUCAUUGUGAAACUAAUAUUAGAUCUGGUGAUCAUAUUAACGAAACCUAAAACAAAUUAUUGCAAAUGCCAACAAUCAUAAAGAGGUGCUAAAUUCUGGAAUAGUAGUGAAAAAGUAGUUCCACCAGGUAUGUCAUUCAACAGUUUCAAAAUCCAUAUCAAGAAACGCCUGGUCAAUAAAUUAUUAUUUUAUGAAAAACAAUACCGGUAGUCUUUUGUGCAAAUUCUUAUCCACUGAAAAAGAUUGCCAACCCUCUCCCUCCCUUAUUUUAUUUCUACUGUCACCAUAUUUUUUCACAUGUCUUUGUAUCUGUAUGUGUUAUUUUGUUUGUUUUAUACUUUUAUAAUGUAUGUAUAUAUGUGCAUUUGUCUUUUAAAUUAUUUUAUAGUGAUAUUAUUUUUAAGUGUAUAACCUAGCCUCAUGUCUUUCAUUUUGCUGUAUGGUUUUUUGACCAAAUUGAAGAUAGUUUCUUCAGAAAUGACACAAAUGAAAUCAAUUCCAAGAAUUCAAACCUUGUAAGAAUAAAAAAACCUAGAAAAACAUACAACUUACCUAAAGUUUAUUAAAUGUACCAAAUCACAACAGACACCACACAGAAAAUCUGCAUAGGGAACUAGCCGAAGCUCCAUGAGAUACAUGUAACUUACCAAUUGGAAGCAACAUCUAUUGUCGUCAGUCUUUGUGAAUAGAUAAGCUCUAUUCCAUUCCAUCGCGAGAAUUAAUCAAAUGGAUGUGAGGGAAUAGAGUUGAAUGACGGAGAAUGGCUUUGCUCCUAUGUCACAUAAUCAUAGAAUUUUUCUAGAUAUAUAUAUAUAUAUAUAUGGUGUUAUUGCUCCAGGAUGAACAUAGUCAUUUAGAAUCUUCUGGAAUUUGUAUGGUGUGGAUGUGUAAAUAAUCAUAAGGAAAUUAUGUAUAGAUGACUAGUAAUCAGAAUUCAUAGCAUGUAUUUAUGUCUAUGCUAAUCUAUAUAUAAUUUUCUACACAAUAGGAGAUUGUGUAGAGUAACUUUUCUAAUUCUGUAAUGUGUAAACAAGAAAUGAAAACAAGACGUGACCUCACCUUUGUGUAAAUAUUUGAGUAAGAGUGUAGCAUUAAAAUGAGUCUAUAUACAGAUCAAUGGAACCCUUUCCUACUGGGUGGAAUGAUAUGGAACUUCUCAGAGAUUCACAAACCAGCCCUGAUUGUUAUACCUAGUUGUAGGUAGAAAUUUUCUAGUCAUGGUUUUAGAUUGUUUAAAAGUUGGAAGCAUGCACAAAUUAGAUGAAAAUUUAUCCGGAUCAAUAUUGGUUUCGCUGAUGGUAAUGUAAAUUAAAAAUAAAUAUAUGAUAAGAAAUCUUGUUAAUGCUUCUGGUCCAUUGUGGAAUUCAGAUUGCAACACUAAAAUGGCAAUCCAACCUUUGUAAUAAGUUCAUCUGUAUCAAAGCAGAAAUAUAAUAAAAAUGGAAUGACGAAAGUUUGAAAUAAAUCGGACCAUGAUAUAUGAGGGUUUGAAGUAAGAGAUCACUAAUUAUUUACAAAUCUCAAAUUUUAAAGUACAAUGUUGAAUCAAUUCAUUGCAUUUUAAUAUGUAAGGUGCCAUCAAUGAAAAGAUUACAUGACACCAGUGUUUUCAUUUUUUCACAAUUUCCAUGGUCCAUUUUUUAAAAUGGAAUCACAUUUGUUAAGUUUCAAGAGAAAGGCAAGCUUUUGGUAAUAUUCCAAAUUUCCAAUUGUUUUAAAUUCAUUACCAACAUUUUUGCACUUAUAAUUAAGGGUUAAUAAGUUGAUAAAUGUUGGAAUUCUGUGGUUAUUUUUGUUUAUUCUUGCCAUUGAUGUUACUUAAUGUAUAUUUGACAAUUUUUGUCCAGGGUGUAAUAAAAAUAAUAAGAUCAUGCCCAUUGAUAUAGUGCCUGUACUAUAAUUUAAAUAUACUCUACUGCCCUAAUACAAAGUAUCAUAUUUUCCCCCGGCUAUAGCUCAGCCCCCAUGAUAGGGUGCUUAAGCAGUCAAGGAAUUACUUCCUACCAGGUGCCAAUUUAGUUCACCCGGGUGGAGAGUGGCUAAUGUAGAUUAAUGUUGUACAGUAUAAACCAUAGCAAAUAGUAUAUAUGAACUUGUAAAUUGUUUAUUAGAUUGUAUUUAUAUUGAUCAUGUUAUGUGUUUUGUUAGUUCCAAUUGUUUUACACUAUUCUGGGAUCUGUGAUGUACAAAUUUUGUAAGAAAAGGAGAUGGGAGAUAGAAGAGCAACUGCAAAUAUAUAGUGGCAAAUUUUAGUAGUAUUAGCUAUAGCCUAUAUGAAAUAAAUGAACCUGCUGCAUUGAUCAGUUAAUGAUAUUUGAGACUA